AUGUUGACUGAGACUUUGAAAACAAAGGCCUUAGAUAAUUUUGUUCCCACGGAUGGUCCAGUUAGGGUAGUGGUUGCUACCAAAGCCCUAGGAAUGGGGGUAAACAUCCCAAAUGUAGAAAGAGUAUGCCCUUUUGGCAUACCGGAUACCAUAGAAAAAUACAUUCAGGAAAUUGGGCGGGCAGGACGAGAUGGGGGGAAAAUCUACGGUAUAUUGUAUUUGAAGUCCUACCAUUUGGCGCAUUGUGAUGAUAGCAUGAAAGCAUUCACCAACAAUCCAGAAACCAAAUGCAGACGUGAGAUGGUGGCAAAGCAUGCAAAAGUUUCCCCAUUACAUGACUGUUGUGACGUGUGCACUGAAAAGUGUGAUUUUUCCCCGUCCUCUUGCAAAGAAGGUCCUUACAUGGCCCAACCUACUAUAACUGAAUGCAAUGCUCCAAUGAGAACUGUAGGGAAUGAUGAAGGGCAGCUUUUGUGUGAGAUUUUGCAUGAAUUGAAAUACUCCAUAAAUGCCUCUGGCUCAAUAUUUGGGUCGAACAAUUUAUUGGCAAGGACAGAUGACAAUUUAAUAAAAGAACUGGUGAACAGUUGUGAAUACAUCUUCACUACUUCUUACCUGACGCAUACCUUUGCAAUAUUUAAUAGUGACACUGCCCAACAAAUUCUUACUGUGUUCACGUACGUGUUUGGGAAUAUAGAGGAGGUAGAAUUUGUAACCGCUGUGGAAAUGCCAAAGAUUGAGGAGGAUGGUCCUCUUUACCUUAAUCACUGUUACUCUGAAGAUGAGGAGGAAAUCCUUUCUCCAGACGAGAUAAGUUAUGAUUUUGAUUAUUAA